AUGUCGACAAUUACGAAAAAUCAUUUGAUGUCAACAAUCUUCAAGGACGAUACUAAAGAGUUGAAAAAAUUAUUAAAGUCAUCAAAAUUGUCUCAACUUCCUGUUCUUCGUGGUGGUUAUGAUUUACUGAAAAUGGCAGUUAGACGGAAACGUGUAAAAGCAGCCGAAUUAUUGUCUAAAAAAAUAAAAAUAUCAAAUAAAGUAAAAUUUGAUCGUCCAUCAAAUUUUCUGCUCCACGACGCCGUUCGAUUACGACAGUCUAAAGUUGUUAAAAUACUUGUAAGUAGAGGCGCAAACGUAAAUUCACAUAUAAGAAAUGGGAUGACUCCUCUGCAUAUUGCAUCCAAGUAUGGAUGUCUCAAGAUAAUGGAUCAUCUUCUAAAAAACGGUGCGGAUGUAAACUCAAGAUGUACAGGACCAUAUUUUCUUGGGUACACACCACUGCACUUUGCCUGCCAAUCAAAUAAACUGAACUGCGCAAAGUUACUCAUUGAAAACAAUGCAACUGUGGUUCCAAAAAACCGUGACGACAUUAAUCCGAUCCAUAUUUCAACGUGUUUCCUUAUGUUAAAAAUAACGGCUCUGUUAUUAAAGUACGGUGCUUAUGUUAGUGUUGACGUUCGACUUGAUAAGAAAUAUUACUUCAUUGAAGGCUUUGUUUUGGAUACAAAUAAUAUUUAUAAAAAGGUACGAGAAGCUACAUACAUACAUGCGCUCAAAAGUCUCACUUUACUACAUUACGCAGUUUUUCGUAAUGCUGCAUCUAUUGUAAAGUUACUAAUAAAAUAUGAGGCUGAUAUAGAUCUUUCAAAUAACUGUGGCGAAUAUCCAUUAAUAGAUGCCGUAAGAAACACUAACCUUCAGAUGGUUAAGCUUUUAUUGGACAAUGGAGCUGUUAUCAAAUUCGAUGCCGAUAGACCCACAAUAACCUAUUAUGUGCUCGCAUCUAAUAGAAUUAUGAAAUCACUCUAUUGUAAGCACGAAUAUAGUUUGGCCAAUGAAAAAUUAGAAAUUAUCAAGAUGCUAAUACGUAAAGGAGCAAUUUUUGAUAAUCCAGAGUUCGACAAGAAUUUUCUUAAUCGGAGUAUUUACUGCGGGUACAGAGAUAUUGCUAAUUAUCUUAUGAACUGUACCCAUUACAAUUAUUAUCAAACAGAAGAUUGGGGACUCGAUCUUGUUCCUUUUAAAGAAGACAAAGUUACGCCAGAUAUUGCCGGAGAUACGGAGUACAUCAUGAAACGAAAACUCGAAAUUAAAGAGCUUGCUUACGAUGUGAUAUACCGAAGGAUAUUAAGAAUUUCCGUAGGUGCUGAGGGCCCAACAUUUAAUGCAGACGACAUAUUUGGAGUGGGAAAUAGAAUUGGAGUCACUGAUGAAGAACAUAGAAGUAGAGUUCUUGAACAAUGGGCAGAAAUUCGAGGGAUCGCGGAGGACCUAACUUGUGAAAAAAUUUGUGACACUACAGUUACACUUUUCGAUAUUCUCAACUUCAGAAUGGACAGAUUAGUUAAGUUUGCAGCUAAUGAAGAUGAUUGA